GAUAAAUUCUCUCUUGUGGGCAGGACCGAAUCUUUGCUUUCCCAGGGGCACACGCAGCCGAGACCAUGGCAUUUGACGGCAGUUGGAAAGUAUACCAGAAUGACAACUAUGAAAAAUUCAUGGAGAAAAUGGGCAUUAAUGUGGUGAAAAGGAAGCUUGCAAUGCACGACAAUUUGAAACUGAUCAUCAAACAAGAAGGAAACAAAUUCACUAUUCAUGAAUCAUGCAGGUUUCGAAACAUUGACGUUGUGUUUGAACUCGGUGUCAACUUUGACUAUACUCUAGCAGAUGGAACUGAACUCAAAGGGACCUGGAGCCUUGAGGGAAAUAAACUUAUUGCAAAAUUCAUACGAGUAGACAAUGGGAAGGAGCUGACAGAUAUCUGUGAAGUUUCUGGUGAUGAGCUAAUCCAGACCUACAUAUAUGAAGGAGUCGAGGCCAAGCGGUUCUUUAAGAAGGAAUGAGCAAGCUUCUUGGAGCCCAGAGCAGCACUGAAGAGCUGAACCAUGGUCAGACUUCUCUCUCCAUCGCGUCAAUGAGAGACAGAGUCAUCCUUUCAUGAACACCGGCAAAUUUCCAGUCUUGUCAAUGCCUAAAAUGUAACUGCGAGUUAGGACUUUGUUUGCUUUAUGCUCCUAAAGAUAUAUAUGAAGUGGUAUUUAAAAGGAAAAUAAAUAUUGUUUUCUCGUUGCUUUGUAA